AGAUCCUGAUCACGAUGCUUCCGCGGCUGGCUUUCCGUGUUGCCCUGGUGGCUGCAGCAAUUGCCACAAGAGCUGAGGAUGGGGAGUUUUGCGAUCGCAUUUUUCCAUCGUGCCGAAUUGGAUUGCCAGUGGGCAUUCGGGGCCCUGGCAAGUGGUCCAGCAAUGGCACGGUGAUGUCUGCCAAAGUCAGCCGCGCAGGAAGACCUUGGCGAAGCACCAAAAAUUUGCCACAGAGGCCAAAGGAAGGAUAUGGGAUGCAAUGGCCAGAGGAACUCGCAGGUGAUGUUCAUAGAACCAUUGCAAUCCACAAGGGACAUGAUGCCCAUAUCGCAAUCGCAAUUGGGAGCAGAAUACAAUGUGUCUUGGAGCUGGAAAGGUUCUUUGGGAGACGUUAUUUUUUCCCCAAAGUGGACCAUUUCAGCCGUGAUUGGCAACUUGCUGCCGAACUGGUCCGAGACCAUUGCGACUGCGAAUCGGGCUCUUGUCCUCGGGAAUUUGACACCGGCUUAGUGGUGGAUUUUGGAACCUAUGAGUCCAUCCAGGCGACUCAACUUCCAAAGGUCAUUGAACGAGUUUUUCCGGUGAAAGAAUGGAGAAAUGUGAAUCAUCAUGAGUCGCAUGCAUUGAUGGCAUAUUAUAGCUCGCCUUUUCGAUCUUCUCUGAUUCUUUCAUUUGAUGGUGGUGGAAAUGAUGGCACCUGGAACGUCUUUGUUGGACAAGGUUUGGAUGUGUAUCGCAUUUCACGAGAACAGAUCAACUUAGGAAAAGCUUAUACACGUGUAGCUUCCUUCAUGCCUGCACUCACUGGCUUUGACCUGUCAUUGCAAAAACUGUGCUCGGCUCUCCCCUUGCAUUCACCGGGAUUUAAUCUCACUUGGGAUGAAGCAAUGAUCAAUUGGCCCUUGACAAAACUCGAAGGUUUUGCUGGAAAAAUGAUGGGAUACUCUGGCAUCAAAGCUCCUUCACCCGAAGCCAGUGAAUGGAUGCGUCAAUUCUACCAGCGCGCAGCGGACGGGGAUCAUCGUUUGCCUGGAGCGGUGCUGAAUAUGAUGUGCAAAUCGGAAGAAGGACGGCAAUUGGUGGCUGCUUCCACACAAGACGAAUUUUCCAAGUUUGUUCAGCCAAAGGUUGCGAAUUACUUGCUGCAACUGAAGCUCAAAUCCAUCAAUGUAGAAGGCAUUGUUUUGGUUGGAGGUUGUGCCCUGAAUGUCGUUACAAAUCAAGUGAUUCGUGAGACACUUACAUCCUUUACAUCUCCAAUGGAUGGGGGCAGCCGACCUCGUGACGUGUAUGUACCUCCUGCUCCCAAUGAUUCGGGUUUGGCAGUUGGAGCCAUUUGGUCCCUCUUUCCACCCACUGUCCGUCAGCCACUGCAGUACCUGGGAUUUCGUUUGUUUGAUGAAGAGAUUCUCCCGGAGGAAGCCCAGAAGCGUGGAGCCCAACGACUUUCAGAUCUGGGCGGUGUGGAAUAUUUGGCCGAGCUGUUUGCAGGUGGCCCAGCUUGGCAAAAGCAUCCGGCAGCCAAAACACCCAAACCCAUCAUUGCGGUGGUGCGGGGACGGCAAGAGUUUGGGCCAAGAGCCUUGGGACAUCGAUCUCUCUUGGCAUUUCCCGAUUCUGAAGACAUGCGCGACAGGAUGAAUCGCAUCAAGUUUCGACAGUGGUGGCGACCGGCUGCACCAAUGAUUGCAGAUGAAGCUUUGGAAUAUGUCUUUGGUCACAAGUUUGGUUCUACCUACAUGGAAUUUGCACCAGUGGUCAGGGAUGAAGUACGUCAGCUGUUUCCGGGCUUGAGCCACUUCGAUGGUACAGCACGACAUCAAUCAGUGGGUAGGGAAGAUGAGCCUUGGGUCCAUGCCUUAUUGCUGGCUGUUGGCAAGCGAACUGGCCUGGCAGCACUCAUCAACACCAGCUUCAAUUCCAGAGGUAAACCAAUCACCAACACCGUUCGAGAGAGUUUGGAGAUGUUGGAUACGCUGCAAGACCUGGAUUUCGUGCUCAUUGAGGAUUGGCUGUUUCCAGCGCCUGCAAUACGAAAAGAAGUGGACUUCGUCAAGGAGGAGUUGAGGGCAGAAUUUCUGUCCGAGCUACGACACGAAUCGAAAAACGAAAAGGGUGUGUGUAACAGUGGGAUGGGGCAGUUAAAAACCAUUGUGGGACCUUGA